AUUUCCUUGUUGCUGGGGGCACCAGCUCCACCCCUUGCAUCUGAAAGUUUUCUCUGUUGCUCUGAGGGCUACUAGCCAGGCUCCCAGGGCUGGAAGAGAAGGGCAGCGCCUUGCCACAAAGGACGGAGCUGGCUUGUCUUCAAAUCAGGUGCAAAGCUGGGGCCUUUUUGCAUGGAGGAUGAUGGCAAAGAGUAAUGGUCUGAAGAGCUCACCUGCCAACCACCACCCUCCCCGGUUGUCUGUCAAAGCCAACACCGAGGAUGAUUCAGACAAGACUGAGAUCAGCACCAGCAGGGCUGAGUCUGCAGAUGACACUUCCUCAGAACUGCAGAGAAUUGCUGCAUUGGACAAUGCAGAUCAGCCAGCCCGAAGAAGGGGAGCUCUGACCAGGAUAGUCCGGCUAGUGGUGAUUCUGAGAGACUGGGCAAACAAAAACUUGCGGGAAGAGCAGCAAAGGCCAGACUCCUUCCUCGAGCGAUUCCAUGGGCCAGAACUGCAUACAGAGGAUGGUAACGAGCAAGGGGACAAAGAUGGUGAAGGCAGCAAAAGCAUUAAGAAGAAAUGGAUGGUGUUUGUGGUGGAUCCUUCUGGGGACUGGUAUUACCGCUGGCUGCCUGUCAUUGCACUGCCCGUGCUUUAUAACUGGUGCUUGCUUGUGGCAAGAGCCUGCUUUAGUGAUCUCCAGAGGGGCUACUUCAUCCUCUGGCUUGUGCUGGAUUAUAUCUCGGACUGCAUCUACAUUGCUGAUAUUGUAAUCCGGUCACGCACAGGUUUCCUGGAACAGGGCCUGCUGGUUAGAAACCUUAAGAAGCUGUGGGAUAAGUAUGUCCAAACCUUGCAGUUCAAGCUGGACGUCCUCUCUGUCUUGCCUACAGACCUGGUGUAUAUUGCAGUGGGAAUCCAUCGGCCUGAGCUGCGCUUCAACAGGCUGCUCCACUUCUCCCGCAUGUUUGAAUUUUUUGAUCGGACUGAGACCAGGACUAGCUACCCGAACAUCUUCAGGAUUAGCAACCUGGUACUGUACAUCCUGGUCAUCAUCCACUGGAAUGCCUGCAUUUACUAUGCCAUCUCUAAGUCCAUUGGCUUUGGGACAGACACCUGGGUGUACCCCAACAUCACAGACCCUGAGUACGGGUACCUCAGUCGGGAGUACGUCUAUUGCCUCUACUGGUCCACUCUGACUUUGACUACUAUUGGAGAAACUCCUCCUCCAGUGACUGAUGAGGAGUACCUCUUUGUCAUUGUUGAUUUCCUCAUUGGUGUCCUCAUUUUUGCCACCAUUGUCGGGAAUGUGGGCUCCAUGAUAUCCAAUAUGAAUGCUACAAGGGCAGAGUUCCAGGCGAAAAUUGAUGCCAUCAAGCACUAUAUGCAGUUCCGCAAGGUCAGCAAGGAAAUGGAGGCCAAGGUCAUCAAGUGGUUUGACUACCUAUGGACCAACAAGAAGGCAGUAGAUGAACGUGAGGUCCUCAAGAACCUCCCUGACAAACUGCGGGCAGAGAUUGCCAUCAAUGUGCACUUGGAGACACUGAAGAAGGUAAGGAUCUUCCAAGACUGUGAAUCAGGCCUGCUGGUGGAGUUGGUGCUGAAACUUCGGCCUCAGGUGUUCAGCCCGGGGGAUUAUGUUUGCCGAAAGGGGGACAUUGGCAAGGAGAUGUACAUCAUCAAGGAGGGGAAACUGGCUGUGGUGGCAGAUGAUGGAGUGACUCAGUAUGCCUUACUCACCGCAGGACUUUGCUUUGGUGAGAUCAGCAUCCUCAACAUUAAAGGGAGCAAAAUGGGCAACAGACGCACAGCCAACAUCCGAAGUCUUGGCUAUUCUGAUCUCUUCUGCCUGUCUAAGGAAGACCUAAUGGAAGCAGUCACUGAAUAUCCUGAUGCUAAGAAGGUACUGGAGGAGCGUGGCCGGGAGAUCCUGAUGAAAGAAGGGCUGCUGGAUGAGUCUGAAGCUGAAGCAAGCCUGGAAGGGAAGGAAGUAGAGGAAAAGCUGGAUCGGCUAGAGUCCAACCUGGAGACACUGAACACCCGUUUUUCUCGAGUGUUGUCUGAGUAUAAUACUGCUCAGAUGAAGCUCAAACAGCGCAUCUCUGUUUUGGAAAACAAGAUGAAACAGGAGGUUCUGGAUGACAUUUUUGAUGGAUUAGAUACACCUGUGGAGGAUGAGGAAGGAGCCAAAUCUGAUGGGAAGAAAUGAGAAUCUGUAGAUGUCAGCCCCCGCUCUGUUCUGCAGGGUGCAGACAUGGCAUUUGCUGGUUUCUGUGUUUCAAGAACAAAUUACUACCACUGCCUUGCAUUGCAUGAGACUUCUCAGUGUCAUAGAAGUGUUGCUGUUGCUGCCUUGUGAGUGCUCUCUACUCAGUUCCAAAUCAGGUGACUCUUGUAGCUCUUACCAUCUACCCUACUGCCUUAAUCCAUGGC